AGCGUUUCGUAUAUUUUUUUCUCGUCGUGUCUGUGUGUGCUUAAUUAUUUGUUGUGAAAAUUAGGCGCUUUUAUUGUGCAUAAAACGGUAAAAAGUUGCAUUUAACUGCAAGCAUGGCAUCAGAGGAAGAGAAUGACGAUAAUUUCCAAGAAGAGGAAGAAGCAGUUGAGGAUAAUGCUCAAGUCGCAGAGCUUUCCAACGAUUCCGAUGCCCCACUGAAGCCCAAUAAUGAUGAAGAUGAUGAUUACGAUCCGGAGGAUAAUCGCAAGAAGAAGAAGGGCAAGAAACGUAAGACCAGAAAAGGCGAGGAAAAGGGACGUAAAAAGAAGAAGCGUAAGAAGAAUGAGAGCGAGGAGGACAGCGAUUUUGUUCAGCACGACGAAGAGGUGGAGUAUCCCAGCACCUCAUCGAAACGUGGACGCAAGCGCAAGGAGGAGAAGCAAGCCCAAAAGGAGAAGGAAUCUUCAUCCUCGGGCAUGCCUUCUGUGGAAGACGUCUGCUCGGCGUUCAGUGUGUGCGACGUGGAGAUCGAGUACAGUGAGGAGGAGCUGCAGAGCCUGACCACAUACAGGGCAUUCAUGCAUCAUGUGCGACCCAUAUUGCAAAAGGAAAAUCCGAAAAUUGCUGCACCCAAGCUGAUGAUGCUUGUGGCUGCCAAGUGGCGUGAGUUCUGCGAGAGUAAUCCGCAUAUACAGCAGGAGCAACAGGGCGGUCAAGCGCAGGCAGCUGCUGCGGCGCCCGAAGCUGAUGAGCCGCGUUCGUCGCGCUCAUCGCGCAAUGAGAAACCCGAUGACAUUUACGAAGAGGAGGAGGACGAAGAGGAAGAGGAGGAGGAGAAGAAGCCACGUCGCAAGCGCAGCGGACGUAGCAGCAAUAAAAAGGGACGUCGACCAUCGGGCAAGGUGCCCACAUUGAAGAUCAAGUUUGGCAAGCGUAAGCGCGACAGCUCCGACGAGGAGCCCGAUGCAAGUGGUGCCUCCGAACGUGAUUCCGACUUGGAGUUUGAGCGCAUGCUGCAGAAAUCGGACGAUAGCGCCGAUGAAAAGGAAAAAGAAAAGGAGAAAGUUAAGCAACCGGCAGAGGCGGAUGCUGCAGCUGCGGCUCAGGACGAUGGAGCACCAGUUGUGCGUAAGAAGGCCAAAACCAAGAUUGGCAACAAGUUCAAGAAGAAGAACAAAAUAAAGAAGACAAAGAACUUCCCCGAGGGCGAAGAUGGCGAACAUGAGCAUCAGGAUUACUGCGAAGUGUGCCAACAGGGCGGCGAAAUUAUUCUCUGUGACACCUGUCCACGCGCCUACCAUUUGGUCUGCCUGGAGCCGGAACUGGACGAACCGCCAGAGGGUAAAUGGUCCUGUCCCCACUGCGAGGCCGAUGGCGGCGCAGCCGAGGAGGAGGACGACGACGAGCAUCAAGAGUUUUGCCGUGUGUGCAAAGAUGGCGGCGAGUUGCUCUGCUGUGACUCCUGCCCAUCGGCAUAUCAUACGUUCUGUUUGAAUCCGCCGUUGGACACCAUACCGGACGGCGAUUGGCGCUGUCCGCGUUGCAGCUGCCCUCCAUUGAUCGGAAAGGCCGAGAAGAUCAUCACCUGGCGUUGGGCCGUGCAGCGCCGAGGCAGCAGCGAGGCAUCCACCUCAAAGAACGCCAAGCAGGGCAGCCGUGUCCGCGAGUACUUCAUCAAGUGGCACAACAUGUCAUACUGGCACUGCGACUGGGUCUCUGAGGUGCAGCUGGACGUCCAUCAUCCGCUGAUGAUACGCUCGUUCCAGCGCAAAUAUGACAUGGAGGAGCCGCCCAAAUUUGAAGAAUCAUUGGACGAGGCCGAUACCCGUUUCAAGCGCAUUCAGCGCCACAAGGACAAGGUGGGCAUGAAGGGCAACGACGACGACGACGAGGCCGCCCUCGAGGAGCGAUUCUACAAGAAUGGCGUCAAGCCCGAGUGGUUGAUUGUGCAGCGUGUCAUCAAUCAUCGCACGGCACGCGACGGAAGCACCAUGUAUCUGGUGAAGUGGCGUGAGCUGCCCUACGACAAGUCCACCUGGGAGGAGGAGGGCGAUGACAUACCCGGCCUACGACAGGCCAUCGAUUACUAUCAGGAUCUGCGUGCAGUGUGCACCUCGGAGCAGUCUCGCGGCUCCAGCAGCAAGAAGAGUAAAAAGGGUCGCAAGACUAAGCAUAAGCUGGAGCUCGAUGAUGAGGAUCGUCCCGUUAAGCAUUAUACACCGCCGCCAGAGAAGCCAACCACGGACUUGAAGAAGAAGUACGAGGGCCAGCCAGCGUUCCUCGAGGAUACGGGCAUGCAGCUGCAUCCCUAUCAGAUUGAGGGCAUUAACUGGUUGCGCUACAGCUGGGGCCAGGGUAUCGACACCAUUUUGGCCGAUGAGAUGGGUCUGGGCAAGACCAUCCAGACUGUCACGUUUCUCUAUUCACUCUACAAGGAGGGACAUUGCCGUGGCCCAUUCCUGGUGGCCGUGCCACUCUCCACACUGGUCAACUGGGAGCGUGAAUUUGAGCUCUGGGCUCCCGACUUCUAUUGCAUCACAUACAUCGGCGAUAAGGAUUCGCGUGCCGUGAUACGCGAGAACGAGCUGACCUUCGAGGAGGGCGCCAUACGGGGCACAAAGGUCUCGCGCCUGCGCACCACCCAAUACAAAUUCAAUGUGCUGCUCACCAGCUACGAGCUGAUCUCCAUGGAUGCACCUUGCUUGGGCAGCAUCGACUGGGCAGUGCUGGUGGUGGAUGAGGCGCAUCGCCUGAAGAGCAAUCAGAGCAAGUUCUUCCGCAUUCUCAACAGCUAUUCGAUUGCCUACAAGCUGCUGCUCACUGGAACCCCAUUGCAGAAUAAUUUGGAGGAGCUGUUCCAUUUGCUGAAUUUCUUGAGCCGCGAAAAGUUCAACGACUUGCAGGCGUUCCAGGGCGAGUUUGCGGACGUGUCCAAGGAGGAGCAGGUGAAGCGUUUGCAUGAGAUGUUGGGCCCGCACAUGCUGCGCCGUCUCAAGACAGAUGUGCUAAAGAACAUGCCCUCCAAGUCCGAGUUUAUUGUGCGUGUCGAGCUGUCGGCCAUGCAGAAGAAAUUCUAUAAGUUCAUCUUGACCAAGAACUAUGAGGCACUCAACUCGAAGAGCGGCGGCGGCUCUUGCUCAUUGAUCAACAUCAUGAUGGAUCUGAAGAAGUGCUGCAAUCAUCCAUAUCUAUUCCCAUCGGGCUCCGAGGAUGCGCCCACCUCUGCGGGCGGCAUCUAUGAAAUCAAUUCACUCACCAAGGCAGCCGGCAAGCUGGUGCUGCUCUCGAAAAUGCUGAAGCAGCUGAAGGCACAGGGUCAUCGUGUCCUGAUUUUCUCUCAAAUGACAAAAAUGUUGGACAUACUCGAGGAUUUCCUCGAGGGCGAACAAUACAAGUACGAGCGCAUUGAUGGUAGCAUUACGGGUACCGUCCGCCAGGAGGCCAUCGAUCGAUUCAAUGCGCCCGGAGCACAGCAGUUUGUCUUUCUGCUGAGUACACGCGCCGGCGGCUUGGGCAUCAACUUGGCCACUGCCGAUACGGUCAUUAUAUAUGACUCCGAUUGGAAUCCCCACAAUGAUAUACAGGCCUUCUCGCGUGCCCAUCGUAUUGGCCAGGCCAACAAGGUGAUGAUCUAUCGCUUUGUCACACGUAAUUCGGUGGAGGAGCGCGUCACCCAGGUGGCCAAACGCAAGAUGAUGUUGACCCAUCUGGUGGUACGUCCCGGCAUGGGCGGCAAGGGAGCCAAUUUCACAAAACAAGAGCUGGACGAUAUUCUACGCUUCGGCACUGAGGAUCUGUUCAAGGAAGAUGACAAAGAGGAGGCCAUCCAUUAUGAUGACAAGGCCGUGGCCGAGUUACUCGAUCGUUCUAAUCGCGGCAUUGAGGAAAAGGAGUCGUGGGCGAAUGAGUAUUUGUCCUCCUUUAAGGUGGCAUCUUAUGCUACUAAGGAGGAGGAGGAAGAGGAGGAAACCGAAAUCAUUAAGCAGGAUGCCGAGAACUCGGAUCCCGCUUACUGGGUCAAGCUGCUGCGUCACCACUACGAGCAGCAUCAGGAGGAUGUGGGUCGCACGCUGGGCAAGGGCAAGCGUGUGCGCAAGCAGGUGAACUACACCGAUGGAGGUGUAGUUGCGGCGGACACCUCACGCGACGACACCAACUGGCAGGACAAUGGCAGCGAAUACAACUCGGAAUACUCUGGCGGCAGCGACGAGGAUGGCGGCGACGACGACUUUGACGAGCAGAAUGGCGAGCGAAAGGCCAAACGACGAUUGGAGCGACGCGACGAUCGCCCGCUGCCUCCACUGCUGGCACGUGUUGGCGGCAACAUUGAGGUGCUGGGCUUCAAUGCCAGGCAGAGGAAGAGCUUCCUCAAUGCCAUUAUGCGUUACGGCAUGCCGCCCCAGGAUGCAUUCAAUUCACAAUGGCUGGUGCGCGAUUUGCGCGGCAAAUCCGAACGUAACUUCAAGGCUUACGUUUCGCUCUUCAUGCGGCAUCUGUGCGAACCGGGCGCCGACAAUGCGGAGACCUUUGCGGAUGGCGUACCCCGGGAGGGACUCUCCCGUCAGCAUGUACUCACGCGCAUUGGCGUCAUGUCGCUCAUACGCAAGAAGGUGCAGGAGUUCGAGCACAUCAAUGGCUACUACAGCAUGCCAGAGCUGAUACUCAAGCCUUGCGAGCCGGUACGCUCGGCUGGCAAGCAGGAGGCAGCCGCAGUGGAUGCUGCCGCAACAGCUGCAGCCAAGCCGCCGGCAGAGAGUGCAACGACCAGCAACAGUGCGACUCCUGCGACAAGCGCAGCUCCCAGUCCAGCGCCUGCUUCAGAGAAGAGCGAAGAUAAGGCAACUGUAGAGAAGGCAACGCCUGAGAAACAGGAGCCCAAGUCGGAAUCAGAUGCUGAGGAGGAUAAGAAGGCGGUCGAUGCGACUGUUAAGCAAGAGAAGGCUGAAGAGUCGGCUGAAGCCGAGACCAAGUCUGGUGAGGCAAGCGUGAAGAGCGAAACACCUAAAGUGGAGCCCAAAGAAGAGGGCAAAGAGCAGCCAGAGGCAACGCCCAAGGAGGAGCCGAAGACUGAGCAGACCGAUGACAAAGAAAAGGAGAAAGAGAAGGCAAGCGAGGAGAAACCGGCAACUAAUCCGACCAGCGCCAGCACCACCACCACCACCACCACGAACAUCAUUGAUGAUGAUGACGAUGACGUGAUGAUUGUCAAAGAGGAUGGCGAACUGGAGAAGCCCAAUGCCAGCGCCAAUGCCAAUUCGCCCAAGGAUCAAAAGAGUGCUGCUGUCGCAGGCACAGGAGCAGGCGGCAAGCUGGUGGAGGACAGUCUCGAGGUGUUGAAGCGCAAAUUUAUGUUCAACAUUGCCGACGGAGGCUUCACUGAACUGCACACCUUGUGGUUGAACGAAGAGAAGGCAGCUGUGCCCGGCCGCGAAUACGAGAUCUGGCAUCGUCGCCAUGACUACUGGCUGCUGGCUGGCAUUGUCACACAUGGCUAUGGACGUUGGCAGGACAUUCAAAACGAUAUACGUUUUGCCAUUAUCAAUGAGCCAUUCAAAAUGGACGUGGGCAAGGGAAAUUUCCUGGAGAUUAAGAACAAGUUCUUGGCGCGACGCUUCAAACUGCUGGAGCAGGCGCUGGUUAUUGAAGAGCAGCUGCGACGUGCAGCAUUUUUGAAUCUCGCCCAGGAUCCCAGCCAUCCGGCUAUGUCGCUAAAUGCACGUUUUGCCGAGGUCGAAUGCCUGGCUGAAUCGCACCAGCAUCUGAGCAAGGAAUCCCUGGCCGGCAACAAGCCAGCCAAUGCGGUGCUGCACAAGGUGCUCAACCAGCUGGAGGAGCUGCUGUCCGACAUGAAGAGCGAUGUCUCGCGCUUGCCCGCCACCCUGGCACGCAUACCACCAGUAGCACAGCGCUUGCAAAUGUCGGAGCGUUCCAUUUUAUCGCGUCUGGCUGCCACCGCUGGCAACGCCUCCAAUGCGGCUCAAUUGAUGGCACAAUUUCCGGCCGGCUUUCAGGGCACCACCUUGCCGGCAUUCACGGGGGGACCAGCUGGGAACUUUGCCAAUUUUCGACCACAGUUCUCAGUGCCCGGGCAGCUGUCCAACAACGCCGGCGGCACCUGAGCACCAUAAACGCAUUCAAAUUCCAUGGAAAUUAAUUACUCUUCAGCUAAGAAUUUAACGCUACGUAUAUUAAAAGAAAAAAAAAAAAACAACAAAUCGCAUAACCAAUAUACACUUAAAAUAUUUAUCAAAAAAACUUGCAAUGAUAUGAAAUUAAUCAACCGCUCACAACUUACCGUAUUCUAUAAAUAGUAAAUUUUGGCUGCUUCUGGCCGAUUGACUACUAAAAUGACAAAUAUAUUAAAUGCUUAUUUACCUGCUACUUGAAUUAAUUUUAUAUGGCUACAUAUACGAUACAAUAUAUAAAUCCGAUUCCAUUGCAAACCAAAA